GGGGCAGUGAGGAUGGCUGUGAGUAUUUACACAACAUGCCGUAUGUUGCGAAUUCGUAAGAAUAACAGCGAAUUGGUAUGAGAAGUAUGCGAAUCGAUGAGAAGAGACGAAUCUAUCUAUUUUUAAUCUGAAAGAAAAGUGUCCUGUCCCUAUGUAGCCUAUUAAGCGUACACACCAGUUCGUAAUGAAUUUGUAGAAUGGGUUUGUCGAUUCGUGGAUCCAUUUUCAACCGCAUCAGUUCGUAAUACGAAUUUGCUAAUUCGUAUUUACGAAUCAAUCUAGUUUCAAAAAUAGUGAACACGAAUUCGUAAACUAAUUUUACGAAUUAUUUGCGAAUUGAUCAGCACCGUGUUUGAUCUAUUCUCUGUUUACGAAUUCGCAAGAAGAAUUCGUAAAAGUUUAAGAGUAUCCGUACGAAUUGGGUACAGUUCGCUGUGCCUUGACAAUACUCUGUGCCUUGACGAUAGAUAGGGACUCCCUAUCUAUUAACUUUAGACUCCCUAUUAGGGAGUCUAAAGUUAAUGCUUCUGACAGAGAAAGAUUGUCAAAACAACCGUUUGGUGUCUGUGGUCUAGCCCGCAGCUCGACUGCCCCACCAGUGAUUACACACACUCCGAAAGAACGAUGUAUAAUAGAAGAAGUCGAUGAUGAUGAAGAUGCCAGGGAAACUUCUGAAAAAUAUGGCCGUAAGAGUAUUCGUAGUGAUAAUCGAAGAACAACCUAUCACAGUCCAGUUGUAUCAAAACCAAUCCCUCCACCACCAUCUGUGGCCAAAUGUCCGAAAUCCAUUUGCAAAGAAUUCAUCAAGUCACUCCGUUGGCUGGAAGCUCUUUUUGACCAUAGUGGAUACAAAUUUGAGGUGCCAAGAGGAUGGUGUCGAUUUGGACUAAAAAUUGAUAGCGCUCAUAGCGACACUCAUAAAAUCUGGAAGAAAUGGGCUACAAGUUAUCAUGGAACAGCUAUCAAUACUAUACAAAUAAUUUUAACUAAUAGUUACAUACCCCUAGAGGAUGAUGUUCUAAUGAAUGGUGAAACAUUUCAUAUGUCUCAUAGUGAUAAAACCCAUUAUUACACCUCACCUUCGAUUAAGUAUGCUGCUCUGCCAAUAUUUACUCCUGAAACAUCGUUCACUUCUACUGAUAAUGAAGUUUAUGGUGUUCAAGUUGUUUUACAAUGUAAACAGGAACCGAACACUUUUGAGGUACAAAAUGCAAGUGCCGGUGCAGUGAGGCGUAUCAUUCCACGGCGAGAAAUUGAAUGGAAAUCCAAUACUCGGGGUGUCGUUGUUGUACCAUAUGGUCUAAUGGUUUGUGUAAGAAGAAGAUCAUAG